UCCCUAAUCUUUAUCAAAGAGCGAUUAAAUAACAUAAACAAAACAUGUUCAUAAAUAAACUUAUCUAAUUAUAUGGGAUACUUUAUCGGUCGGGAACGAUAUAAGUAUUGGUACAAUUACGUAACAUAUUUGUUAACUUACAUUACAAACUACAGUAUUUUUUAGUAAGCAGUAGGCAACAGUUGGCUUACAGUACAAUGAAUUUUGCGGGCAAAGUUAUUAUUGUUACCGGCGCCAGUUCCGGCAUUGGAGCCGCUACAGCUGUAUUUUUAUCGAAACUUGGCGCGAAAUUGUCCCUUACAGGGAGAAAUGUGAACAAUUUGACGAAGAUCAGUAAGCAAUGCGAGACUGCAGCAAACGUGCAUCUUAUACCGGCAGACUUGACCAACGAAAAAGAUAUCGAGAAUAUCAUCAAUAGUACCGUAAAGCAUUAUGGACAGCUAGAUGUACUGGUCAAUAAUGCGGGAAUUUUAGAGACUGGCACCAUAGAGAACACAUCCUUGGCUCAAUAUGACCGACUUAUGAAUACAAAUGUUCGAUCAAUUUAUUAUCUUACCAUGUUAGCUGUGCCUCAUCUUCUUAAAACUAAAGGCAAUAUUGUCAAUGUAUCUAGUGUCAAUGGCAUUAGAUCUUUCCCCGGUGUACUGGCCUACAAUGUGUCGAAAGCAUCUGUUGAUCAAUUUACAAGGUGUGUCGCAUUAGAAUUAGCACUAAAGGGUGUUAGAGUGAAUGCUGUCAAUCCAGGUGUUAUUUUAACCGAGUUGCAAAAACGUGGAGGUUUGUCCGAUGAACAGUAUGCUGCGUUCUUGGAGAGGACAAAGGAAACACAUGCAUUAGGUCGCCCUGGGAAACCGGAGGAGGUCGCUGCAACCAUAGCAUUUUUAGCCAGCGACCUUGCAAGCAAUAUCACCGGAGCUAGCGUGCCAGUGGAUGGUGGACGUCAUGCUAUGUGCCCACGCUAAAUUGUCAUUUUUAUAAAUAUUUUAUAGACAUUGGGACAGAUCUUAAGAUACCAUUUCUCAAAAUUUAUUUCUUAACCUAAUAUUUUAAUUGAAUCUAUUUGUAAAUUUACUGUUUUCUGGACUAAAACUAAAUUAUGGAUUAUCUAAAAUUAUAAUAAUUUUUAUUGAAGUCUAUUAAAAAAUUUGUUAAUAUUGUUUCUUGCAAUAAAGAAUUAUGAAAUAGAAAUUUUAAAUAUAGUAAUAAGUUUAGAGAAAUGAUACUUCAGAAUUCUCCCCGUUGUGUCAAAAUGUGCCUUUUUGCAUUUUUUUUAUUCAAUUAGUAUAUAAGUAUAAUGUUGUUGAUGUAAUCUCAUAUCUUAAAUAUUGUUUUUUGAUAUUUUAUUAAAUAAGUAUGAAAAUUUGAA